CACACAACGGAGGAGUUCAUAAAUAGAACUAGUACUAGUGGAGAACAUAUCUGGAAUGAUAAUGAAUGCAGUCUCAAGUUGAUUUGCCCAAGUGGGAUGAGAGGCGUGAUCUGGAGCUCUAACUACGCGGAGAUGUCUUUUGAUCCAGAUGAGACUGUAGCUGCCCAAUGUUCUCCAACACUGGCUAACACUGAAAUGACAGGUAUCCCGGAUAUGCAAUGGUGGAUUAAUGGAAUUCAAGUACUUUAUCCAAAGUUUACAUGCUUCGAGCAGAAAUGAUGAUUUUGAGCGUGCAGAA